CGUUCUAGUGUAUUGGUGAAGACAAUAGCUCGGUAGAACCAGUGACGUACUUCGAUCUAUGAGCUCGGAUCCAAGUUCAACGGUAGACAUACAUAAGUCCACUAGUCACGGGUUUUAACUGCUGUAGUGGAGAGGGUCCAAAAGAGAACGUAGCGGCGGUCUGCAAGAGACGUGACGAGCAGUCGCCAGCUGGUAGCCGGUCUACGUGGAUCGAGCAGUCUCGGCCGGAGAGAAAAAGAGAGAGAGAGAGAGAGAGAGAACGUGUGCGUGUAUGUGUGUGCGUGUGCCUUCCUUCUCUUCUUUUUUUCUUUUCCUUCGUACGUACGCAGCGCUACGUACGUGCACACGCAACAGAGCGACAAAGCGCGUGUGGUUUGGCUGGCAGUCACACUCGCGAGGAGAGGAGAAGAGAAAGUGGCCGUCACUGAUAACACCACAAUGAGUAACCAUCGUCGUUGACGAUCAAAGAGUCGAAACAAAUCGUUUCAAUUAAAACGACGUUCGGACGUCGCGUAGUACUUUCUACGUCGCGAGACGCUCCGAUGAGAGCGUGCCUUCGGCAGAAUGUCGUUGGUGCUUUCGAAACUGAUAAACAAAACGUCCACCAAAUACGGUAUCAGGCAGGAGCAACUGAUACGCGGUAUAGUCGGGGUCGCGACCACUUUUUACUUCAUCAAGAUCGGUUAUCCACUGGUGACUUUCGCGCUGAAACAAUAUCAAAAGAAGAAGAAACAAGCCGAGAACAGCGUGCAAGUGGGAAGCAGGCAGAAGAAUGACAGUAGCAAGGCUAAAAGUAGCAGGUCGAGUAACAAAACCGGGAAACCAAGCGUGGGCUUGGACCGGGAGUUCAUCAAACAGCUGAUCGAGCUGUUGAAGAUCAUGGUUCCCGGAUGGAGAACGCGCGAAGCCGGACUACUCACUUGCGCCACUUUGACAUUGUUAGCCAGGACGUUUUUAUCGAUCUAUGUGGCCACUUUGGAAGGUCAGAUUGUGAAGAGGAUCGUUUUGCGAGACGUUCGAGGAUUUUCUUUGAUGCUUGCGAGAUGGUUUGCUAUAGCGUUCCCUGCUACGUUCGUUAACUCGGCUAUUCGAUAUCUAGAGGGACGAUUGGCUCUUAGUUUUAGAGGGCGCCUGGUGGAGCAUGCUUACAAAAUGUAUCUAAGUCAACAGACCUACUACAGAGUAGCUGCAUUAGACAAUAGACUUGGAGGUGCUGAACAAAGGCUAACUGACGAUUUGUCUGAACUGGCUAGUUCUGUGGCACAUUUAUAUUCAAGUUUAACCAAACCAUUGUUAGACUGUGCAUUAGUCGGCAUUGCGCUUAUUUCUUUCUCUUCCAAGAUGGGAGGAGCAAGAAGGAUAUAUGGACCACUACUGUCAUCUGUGGUUAUUGCCCUAACUGGACAGAUUCUACGUCUAGCUUCUCCUAAAUUUGGCCAAUUAGUAGCUGAGGAAGCAUCGAAACGUGGAACAUUAAGAGAGGCACAUGCUCGCAUCAGUGCUCAUGCAGAAGAAAUUGCAUUCUAUGGAGGUCACUGUACAGAACAUCGAUACUUAACUACUGCUUACAGAUCUCUUGUUUCACAUUUAAAGAGAGUGUUAGCCCUUAAAUUUUGGUACGUGAUAUUGGAACAACUGCUCAUGAAAUACGUAUGGUCUGGCACUGGACUUUUAGUUAUUGCCAUGCCUCUUCUUUAUACCACAGUCACAUCGGGAAGUGCAGCUUUAAAAGAUGAUAGUGAUGGCGGAGUGAGUGAAAGAACUCGAUACCUGACUACUUCUAAAAAUCUUUUAAGUUCUGGGGCAGAUGCCGUAGAAAGACUCAUGUCGUCCUAUAAGGAAUUAGUGGCAUUAGCAGGAUAUGCAGCACGAGUUAGUGAAAUGUUAGAUGUAUUUAAAGACGCUGCAUUAUGUAAAUACAGAAGAAAUAUUGUUAAUAAUCCAUCGAGAAUAGCAAAUGAUACAACUCAUUUAGCUGUAGAGAAUAUAAUUGAAUUGAAGGAUGGUGCACCAGUGAUAAAAGGGAUUGUACGUGAAAGCACAGAUGGCAGUAUAAGCUUAAUCGAUGUGCCAAUAGUUACACCAAACUGUGAAGUUAUUGUACCUAAAUUAACUAUUCAUAUAAAACCAGGAGACCAUAUAUUAAUUACUGGCCCCAAUGGCUGUGGGAAGAGUUCAAUGUUUCGUAUAAUCUCCGGCUUAUGGCCAGUGUAUGGAGGCACUUUGAUAAGACCAACAGAGAAUUAUUCUGCUAAACGAGAACGACCCGCCCUGUUUUAUAUUCCCCAAAAACCUUACAUGACGGUUGGUUGCUUACGUGACCAAAUUAUAUAUCCCUCGGAGUCUCAAACAGAAGACUGCUUGGACGAAGAACUCCUCAAAUUGUUAGACGAGGUUGAUUUACGAAGUCUGGCAGAAAGAGAACCGGAAGGACUGGAUGCUUUUGGCGACUGGGACUCCACCUUGUCUGGUGGCGAAAAACAAAGACUCGCGAUGACGCGUUUGUUUUAUCACGCACCGCAGUAUGCACUGUUGGACGAAUGCACCAGUGCCGUGAGCCUCGAGGCUGAAGGAGUGAUUUACGAAACUGUGAAAAGGAAAGGCAUAACGUUGUUAACUAUCACGCAUCGCGUAGCAUCUCUCGCGAAAUAUCAUAAGCUGCUGUUACGCUUCGACGGAGAAGGUGGCUGGACUUUUGGACCGUUAGAUGCGAACGGUACAGCACAUCUAACGACGACUCAAAGUUACGAACAAACCGAGCAACACGAAGUGAAAGGAGGCCACUAUCAGAUGUUACAUGAUCUCCGUGACAUUCACAAGGAGGACACAAAAAUUGGCAUUAGCUGAAAGGACGAAAACAAGUUACUUUGUACUCUAGUGAAUUUAUGUAGGAACUUGUCCGUUUGUAAAUAAAUUCUAGUUAACGCGUUUUGUACAGCUGUCCACAAAGAUUUUUAAACAAAUAUUCUAUUUUUGUAUGAAUAAACGUGGCUAUUUAAUGAUACAAAGUAUAAAUAAAUGUUAUUCGAGUAU